AUGGCUCCAUAUUACGGAGAAGCUCAGGUCCUCUUCCUCGUCUUUGGUCUCAAUUUGCUCUCCAUCUUUUUUAAUGGGUGGAUUUGUGGAAAGAUUUUCUCUUAUUUAUGCAUUAGAGGAUUCUAUCCCCAUAUGACCAUUACUUUGACACUUCUAGUUAUAGCUACGGUUUUUACUCUAAUAGCUGGAAUACUACAAAUCCUCUGCAUGGUGAAACGAACCGAACGAUAUCUCCUGAUUUCAAGAAUUCUAACCAUUUGUGCUGCUAUAUUUGCCAUAGCUAGCAUAUUCUACCUCUAUGAUAAUGUUUUAAAUGGAAUUUGGAGUCAGCGUAUUUCCCUACUCAUAGCCGGUAUGGUACUCGGAAUAUCCAUAUACCAACUGUCUAAUAUUUUCUAUGUAAGACUCGAAAAUCGCAAAACUGCCUAA